UGUGAACUGGGGACUGGGGACUGGGGACUGGUUUUUGGUUCAUUACAAAUAGGAAUGGAGUCAAUGGAAUUGGGUCAAACUAGAUCCGUGAAUUGCGGAGCGAAACCCGGAGAUAUCCGAACUGAGCUUCCACAGUUUGGCAACGAGGGCUUCCAUAGUUUAAUGCCAGUAGUAUCUGAGGAAGCUGGAAGUUCGUUCACUGCUCUACUCGGGCUCCCAGCGAAGCAGGCGGUGGAGCUCUUGGUUCACUCGUCGGAAGCAGAAGAUUCGCCGGCGACGAAGCUUCCUGAAAUUGAACCUCAGAGGAAUUAUCACCACCAGGGUUUUCUUCCGCCGCCAAUUUUCCCUUCGGACACGGCUUUGGUUGACCGAGCCUCCAAAUUCUCCGUCUUCGCCGGGAACUCACCGGAGACGGAAUCAAUUCCGUCGAAUUCGUGCUCGAAGCCGCCGCAUUUCGUGAAGUCGGAGCCCGCAGAUUCGGACUCAAACCCGAAUUCAUCCCCGGCCGUUUCCAAUCCAACUGUCAAUCAGAAAUCCGCCAAACGAAAGGAGAGAGAGAAAAAGAUUAAAGAACCCAGCAAGAAGAGCAAGAAAGCAGCUAACAAUACCUCGGAGGGGGAUGGUGAGAAGCUUCCAUAUGUUCAUGUCCGAGCUCGCCGAGGCCAAGCCACCGAUAGCCAUAGCUUAGCUGAAAGAGCAAGGAGAGAAAAGAUUAAUGCUAGAAUGAAGCUGUUACAGGAGCUGGUCCCAGGAUGUAACAAGAUUUCAGGUACUGCAAUGGUGUUGGAUGAGAUCAUUAACCAUGUCCAGUUCCUACAGCGCCAAGUCGAGUUCUUAUCAAUGAGACUUGCUGCUGUCAACCCAAGAAUCGAUUUUAAUAUUGAUGCUCUCUUCGCUGCUGAAACUGAUUCCCCUGUGGAAAAUAACUGCACUGGCAUGAUAAUGCCCUCGAUGUGGCCCGAGGGGCAAGCCAUUGAAAACAGACCGCAACAUCAACAGCUAUGGCAUGCCGAUGGAUUUCAUCAACCUAUGUGGACUAGGGAAGAGAAUUGUAGCUUCAUAGCACCUGAGAACUCACUAUUAACUUAUGACUCGACAAAUUCAGGUCCUUUGCUUGCAAAUCAGCUAAAGAUGGAGAUAUGAAAGAAAGCGAAAGCAAAUGUUUUUGCAGUGGUUAGGCAUGAUGUAUAUAUGAUUUAUUAUAGUAGUAGAUAGCGGGGAAGUAGAGAGGAUGGCAUCAAGAGUUCCAACCCAACCGGGUAUCCACAUUCUCUAAUUAACAGAGAACCAGAAACUCCCAUUACUCUUAUCUGAGUAUGAGUAUAUAGAAGAAGAAGCUAAGUAUGACAUCUAUUUUAUGAAUGAAUACUAACGUAGAGGAAAGCGGAGGGAGUCACUUCGUGUGAUGGAUGCUUAGCUUGUUUGUAUGAUGAGAUAAGAUAAGGAUUCAUUCAUGCUUGCAGCUUGUUUGUAAAGCAAGAUGGACACUAUUAUUAUGAUUCACAGUGGGAGGGAGGAACCCAAUUCUAUCAA